GAGAGAAUAAAAACCUUCCCUCACCGUCUUCCUUCUUCUCUGUCUCCUCCUUCGAUCUCUCUCCCUCCCUCCCUCCCUCGAUAAUCAGGCUGGUGUUUUCUGCAACUAAACUAUAGCAUUAUGAGACAAAGAAACACGAUGACUGGUUUCGACAUGGAACAGCAUUCUCUUCCAGACACUCCACCACCCAUCAACCCUAUUCCUACUAUUCCUGCCUUCCUGCCUUAUGACAACAGCGGGCUUCCACAGUAUCAUCAUCAUCCUCUUCCUCAUCAUCAUCAUCAUCAACGUGGUGCUUCUAAUCUUGGUCCUGGCAUGUCAACCCCACCGAAUCUCUAUCCUCUCCCUUAUGCUCCUUUUAAUCAUGGUGGAGUGCAUGAGAGCAAUCCACAUUUUAUGGGUCAAGGUUACAAAAGAAAGAGUGAUGAAGUUAUGCCCGGAAACCAUCAGUAUCUUGCUGAACCUCCACUUCCUCCUUGUUCCUUCCCACACUAUCCUACUCCUCACCCGCAACCAGUAGUUGAUCAGCGUAGUGUGAGGAGCAGAGUAGGAGGAGUAGUCACAAUGGAUCCUCCUUACUUUCAAGGAAACCAACCUUUCCCACCACCUCCUGGCCCAAUCUGGUAUGACCAACAUUGUAGUGACAACUCAUCUGAUGGAUCCUCUUCUCAUUGGCUCCAACCACCCUAUAUACCUUUUAUGAGUGGUAGUGCUGUUCCGAGAUACCAUGAAGCAUCAUCUAGUAGCAGAAACGAUGUACCAUUUUCGUACCCUAGUCCUAACUUCUUUAGCCAUCAUCUGGCUCGUCCUCCACCCACCGUAUACCCUCCUCGCAUGGCUUCAGCCUCAUACACUGUUCCCGUGACUAUUCAUGAUGCUUCGUACAGAAACGGUGGACCGGUUCAACCAACUGGGCUGAGGAUAAACCAGCAACAUCCCAGAGAUGAUUUUUCUCCUGCAGCGACUCUUAGACACCGUGGACUGCCUCACCUUAGGGUAUUUCACGCACAUGAAGAUGCAUUCUUUGGGGAAGGAGACUUCGACGAUGAUUAUGUUGAUGAUCACCAAGACAUGCGCUUGGACAUAGAGGACAUGUCAUAUGAGGAGCUUCUUGAUUUGGGAGACCAUAUUGGAACAGUGAAGACUGGCUUGUCAGAAGAAACAGUUAAAGAUCUUGUGAAAAGAAGAACCUAUAUAUCGACCAGAAUCAACCUGGAAGAAGCUCCUCCAUCUACCGAUCUAGAAACAGAUUCUUGCACGAUAUGUCAGGAAAACUACCAAAACCGAGAUAAGAUCGUAACGCUGGACUGCAAGCACGAGUACCAUCCAGAAUGCCUGGAGAAGUGGUUGGUUAUCAAGAACAUCUGCCCAAUCUGUAAAUCAGAGGCACUGGUCAUUGAAAAAGACAAGGAACGAUAAAAGGUGUCUGCAGAUUCAAACCAUUAAAACAUAUGUUUUUGUUUUUUUUUUGUUUUUAAUUAUAAAGCGAAACAGAGUCAGGGCAAGUUUUCAAGCCCCAAGUUCUGUAAAAUGCACUUAACUUGUGUUACAAUCUAUAGCUGAGAUUGUCUUUAGUGACUAUAAAACUGUACAUGCUUUCUUUGGUUC